AUGGAGCGUCCUUGCGGGCGCCGCUGCUUUCUUCUGUUUUUCUUCUUUUUCUUAUCUUCAUAUUCAACUAGCAAUGAGAUUCUUGCUUCUGCUGCAGGGGCAGCAGAAGCAGCAGGGGAUGCUGCGUUGCUGCUCGCUGAGCAGCCGCAGCAGCCUCCCCAGCAGCAGCUUCAGCAGCCGUCACAGCACUUGCAGCUGAUGUCACAGCAACUAGGGGAUAGCGAGCCUCUGGAAGGAGCAGCAGCAGCAGCAGCAGCAACAGCAACAGCAACAGCAGCAGCUGCAGCAGAUUCAGAUGAUGGAGAAGAAGAUAUGUUUAAUGACGAUUCUACUCAUCGUAGAGAAGAAGACAGGCCGAGGACAACUAAGCGUCUGUACACCACAAAGAGAAGCAUGCGCCCGGGAUCCAAAGGCGGGAACCAAGCAGCUCUAGGAAAAGUAUUAUCUGUUGCAGUGCUUGUGCUUAUGGCUUGUAUAUUUCUGGGUUUACGCAGCAAAGGGGGCCCUCCUGAAGAUGAAGAAGAUGAUGAUGAGGAGGAAGAAGCAGCAGCAAGAGAGAAAGGAGACUCGCAGCAGCAGCAAGAAGACGUCGAACAGGAUGAGCAGUAG